CACCCUUUCUCUCACUGGGAGUUCUAACUAUAGUUCAUUUUGUGAGCAACAUUACUGAUUCACCACCAAUGGGUAUUUUUUCAUGGUUCAAGGGAACCAAAAACGAUACCAACUCCAAACCCGCGACCCAAAAAUCGGAACCGGUGAAAACCCAAUCCGCUUCUGAAGUUCCAGGCAUGAACGGAGCAGUGGAGGUCCGACGGCAAGGCCCACCACCAGCUGAUAUCACAGUUUUUGAAUUCGGUUCCGUUGCCGCUUCUGCCGAUAAGGUCACCUUCGCCGGCUUCUGCCCUGUUUCGGACGAGCUCGAACCUUGCCGCUGGGAGAUUCUGCCGGCUAAAGGCUCCGACGCCCCUCAAUUUUGCGUAGUCUUUUGACGGAAAAAUAAUUG